GAUCAAGCGCCCUGUCGUAUCCAUCCAGGCGCUUCCCGAGGAUGAAGGAGCUGAGAGCCACAGCCUGACUCGAUACAAAAGAUAUGUCGACUUUCGAUUUGUUUGUGGAUUACGACGACGCUCGUUACUACAGGGAGGCCCGCGAGUGCGCCGCGAAAAGAGAUGCGGAGAAUUUUGUUGUCGACUUCGGGUCACGCAUGUCUAGGAUUGCUUCCAACGUUCCGCCAAGUGGUUUCAAGACCCUUAUGACGGAGGGUGCUGCGCCCAGGACCAAAGGAGCUCCAACACGGUGGAUAAAUGUUUGGGCACCCGACUCGCAACCUGAUGCUGUAAAGGCUAUUGGUGAUCGGUAUGGCUUUAGCAAGAGGCUUGUGGCCCUACUACUUACCACUCCUCCACCGAGUUCAAGAGAAGCUCCAGCGGAGAACUGGACGCCUGAAAAGGAGCUCGACUCUCCUAGCGCCGAUAUCGAAAAGGCGUCUCCUGCCCGGCCCACCCACCUCGAUCGCGAUUUAAAAGUAGUGAAGCCGAAUACCACAAACUUCUUUAAUAUUGCGGCAAAUUUCUCAAGCUACCAGUCAAUUGAUAUCGGAGACAAAUUUAUCUGCGUAGGUGCCAAUUGGAUGCAUCCUGUAGAGCGCGACUCCGGAAUAAUUGAACCAGAGAGAUUGUGGUCUUGGCUUGUCCUCUGUCAUGACGCUACUGUUAUUUCGUUCCACGAAGAUCCAAGCCCCAAAGAGGUGGACUCGAAAUAUAUCGAAACAGUUCGCAAGAACACGCUGAGUGUUUUAAGUCAGCUUUCGACAAUUGGGUCAGCUGACGGCGUUGAGCUUAUCUCUCUGCGGCAACCUGCGGAAUCCAAGGACACUUCGGAACUCACUGGUGUUGAAGGUGCCAGUAAUCUAUUCUAUUAUCUGUUCGACGAUUGGACGGCGACCUAUACGCUGUUGAUGGUUCUUCAGGGGAACAUCGAGAAACUCCGCCAGAAGAUUAUGGCCGGCCUCGGCGAAAAUAAGCCUGAUGCACUAGCAAAAGAGAUCAUCCCCAAACUCUAUGAGGUUGGAAAACUACUGCGCUCAAACCAGCAUUUAUUUAGCGGCUAUGAGAAUUUGAUCUCUCGAAUACUAAAAUACGAAGAAGACAAGGAAAAGGAAUCUUCUCAUUGUCGCAUUGACGAGCGUGUCUCGGUGGUUCAAACUGCACGCCAUCGCUUCGAACGUUUGCGGGACAACAUCAAGUUUCUCGUACUUAAUUAUGUGGAUGAGGCAAUUGGCGAGAUAGAUGGGCUACAUACCACAUACUUCAACAUCACAACCCAAAAGGACUCGAUGGCUACAGCGAAGCUUAAUUCGAGCGCGACACUGCUCUCUAAACUAGGCGUGCUAUUUCUCCCCGUCAGUCUCAUGACCAGCUAUUUCUCGGUGCAAAUCAAGGAGCUGGACGGUGUGUAUACAGUCAAAACGUACUGGGUCACGUUUGCUGUCGUUAUGGUCCUAUCGUUCGUUGCACUGUUCAUGUUUAGCCGCGUGUUGGUAGGGGCCGGAACUGCAGUGGCCAAGCGCGUUGACAGGGUGGUCUACCGUGUUACUGGACGAAUAGCGAAGGGCGGUUCUCCCAACAGGACGAGAGAACAGGAGCCGUACAGGUGAGUCAUAUAAUGACAAUGUACAUUAGUAUGUGCGGUCUGGAAUUUUUAGUAAAGCAGAUACCCAUUAGUUUCAGUUUUAAGAGGAGGCCCA